AUGCUCCGCGGAGUCCGAUCCUUCCUUGGAUUGGGCUGGAUAGAAGUCGCCAAGGCCCUUGAUAGGAGCCGUACGACCUGUCAUAAUCGAUACCACCUCCAUCUUCAGUUGAAGGAUAGUGACUUUUGGACGCCCGCACGGAACAAGCGACUCCGGACCUUGGCUCUCCAACCGGUCCCGUGGGAUGUUGUGGCUAGAGAGAUUCAGUCGUUGCAACCAAAGACGAAGAAGAAGGAGGGACAAGGAGGAGGUGGAGGAGAGGGGAUUGUGAUCUCGCCGACAGGAUGUCGGCAUCAGUGGGGUAUACUUUUGGGCCGGGCGGGGGAUCAGCCCGGGUUAUUGACACAGUUACCGCUCAACAAUGUCGCGGCGUUGUAUGAGCGUUUGGAGGUAGAGAAACAAACCCUGCGUGAGAAACUACAGGAUACUCAACAGCGACAGAAACAACAACCACAUACCACCACUACCACCAUCCCUGUCACCAUCACGGACACAGAUCUUGACCUGUCAAAGCUGAACUGGAAGAAGAUCACCAGGGACGUCUUCGGGAAGCUCAUCACGCCCGAGCAUGUCCAGGCCCAUUACGCCAUUGUCAUCCGGAAAACUCACAGGUGGACCAAGGCCCAGGUCAAGAGACUGUCAGAGGUUGUCGCAGCUCAUACCUCGACGACUGAGGGGCUGACUUCGGAAUCGUGGAAACGGAUAUCGUCCAAGUUUGACAACAAGCAUACGCCAACGGAGUGUAGGACGAAGUGGGAGGCGUUGUGUCGCACCAAUGUGAAGAAGGGUAUUUUAAGCAGGAGUGGGAAUCAUUGGACCAAGGAUGAAAUCCGGGCUUAUUGGAGGGCUUGGAAGCAGCAUGGGAAUGCCUGGGAUCGGGUUUCGGAGGCUGUUCGGUCGUCGACUGUUGAUGGGUACAAGGACAAGGCGAUGUCAGCAUCGACUUUAUCACUUGCCGACAAAUCCGCCGAGGACUGCAGGGUGGAUUUCAAGCACCUGGUCUCUGUCUCGAUCCCGAUGAUGAACGAGCUCGAAAAGGAGGUCGGAGAACUGGCCCUGAACCUCACCCACCAACCGAGAAAACAUUGGGCCUGGACAACCGAGCAACUUCUCGCCAUGGAGACCGCUGUCAAAGACAUAACAGGAGGGUUCACGAACUUGUCACAGGCUAUGCGCAACAUGACCGUCAACGAUUGGGAGAAGGUUGCCAAGAAGGUGAAUCCCCAAUUGACAGGAGAUCAGUGUCGGUACCGCUGGAGGCUCGUCGACAACCUGUUACCGUCGCUUCUGACACCGGAUCUCAAGGAGCCCAUACCUUACCCGGAUCACGAUACGAUCUUUCCGGGACAACGACGACGGACUCGGUUGUGGACUGCGGAGGAAGUGCGUGGGUUGGAAGAAGCUGCCGAGUCAAUUCGGGGGUUGCCGCGUAUUCCGUUGGAUUUUACGCGAAAAGCUCGAGAAGAACUCAAGUUGGACAGGACGAAUAUUGAGAUCCGGAGAAAGACGAACGAGAUACUGGGAAGGAGUUUGGAACUCUUGUCGAAGGCUACUGGAACGAGUGGUGAUAAUGGUGGUAGUGAUCCUCCGGCCAAGGCGGCUUUGAGUAUCUUCAAGAUCGACCCCGACACCAUUGCGGCCCGGAGACAUUCUGUCAUUCUGACGGGAAAACGGUUCCGUGCAGAAACCUUGCCAGCAAACAAAGACGGCGACGACAAAGACGACGACAAGGAUCAGCAACAGAUCCAGAUACGGCCACCCACCAGCGCCACGACAGAGACAGAAACUAGGACACCGACACUACUUCGUACGUGGGACCGGAAGGACAUCUCAAAGUUGACAGAGCUGGUUCAGAAAUAUGGUGUGUCGACCCUGGGCUGGAAGCAGAUCUCGAGCGAACUUUCGCUCCCUAUCUCGAAAUGUCAGUAUCGAUGGCGGCACAUGAAACGAGUGGCUGCUGCCUCUGCUGCCUUGAACAAGAAGAAAUAA